AUGUCAGCAUCUGACAUUACAAGAUCACUCAGUGUUGAUGACGGGAUACUUCACCUUCACCUUCACCUUCACCGCCGCGGCACUAAGAUUGUUUUGAGCCAAAGAGCAGAAUGUGGUGAAAGAGAGCGGAUCGCUGCGCAGCAAACAUACGUAUAUAACGUUUGCCUGGGGUUUGCGCUUCAUUCCUUCCACCGCAAUACUCACCUCCAGUUCACCACGGCAAACGACGCAGAUCGGUUUUCAGAGACAGAGGAUGAGGAAGUCGAGUCGGAAGUGAUGAGCACCGGCAAAGAUGAGUGGAACGAGGACCUCGCAGUCGAUCUGAGCGACGGCGAGCUCGAGGACGGCCCAAAUAUUGUGUACGACCUCGUCAGACGCCUGGCCGGAACCACGGUUGAGGCUGAGGCGGGCUUUGAAGAUAUAACUUCACGUAGAGCUGCCAGGGGAGGAUCCAUCACGUAA